AUUACUCCGGUGUUACCAAUGGUAAGAGAUAAAAUAGAUACAUCCAUCCAUCCACUCGCUUCGACAAAAAAUGAUCAGAGAAGAGAGAUAAAAAUCAAAUCCUUUAGAAUCAUUCAGCUCAACUUUAGAACAAAAAAAUAAAAUAAAAAAAUACGAACAGCAAUGUUGGACCUUUUUUUUCCAAUUCAGUCAAUUUUAACAUAAACUCGGAAAAGCUGUCCUCACUUCGACAUCCAGAAUUGAUAUCUUCUCUCUGACAUUAGAAUGCGAUGGAUUGAGGGUGUUAAGGCUUUCGAACUCCGUAACAAGAACAAGGCUGAGCUUGUCAAGAUUCUUGAUGAGCAAAAGCAACAACUUGCUAACAUCCGCGUCCAAAAGGUCGCUGGUGGUAAGUCUCAAGAAGUUGGUGAGGCCCGUAAGAACGUUGCUCGUGUUUUGACUGUCAUCAACCAAACUCAACGUGAACAACUCCGUCUUUUCUACCAAAAGAAGGCUUUCACUCCUCUUGAUCUCCGUGUCAAGAAGACCCGUGCUAUGCGUAGAGCUUUGACUCCUUUCGAGAAGUCCAAGAAGACUGUCCGUGAGCAAAAGAAGUUGGCCCAUUUCCCUCUUCGCAAGUAUGCUGUCAAGGCUUAA